CUUUUAUGCUUCUAUUGUUCCCUUCCCCUUCAUUUCAUUCAAUUUACUAUAUCAUCCUUUUUGAUAUCUUUCUAUCUUUUUUCUUUUUUGAUAUCUGAUUAAAUCUAUCCCUAUUCCCCACACUUACUUUAAUCUUUUGAUGUGGACAAAGAAUCGAACUUCUCAACCUCAAAAACAAAAAUCUUCCCAAUCUUCCACUGCUACCACAAAAGCCUCUUCUUUAUUUGGUGUGUCAGCAAGAAGACAACCUUUUAAUCGAUCAUCAACUUCUAAUGGUGGUAUCUCAACAAGACGAUCGGACUUACAACACCUUUCGAACGAUAAAGGUACAAACAUCCAAGUGGUUUUACGUUGCAGAGGACGAAACGAAACAGAACUUGCAGCUGAAUCCCCUAUUAUUUUGGAACCCUCUGGCCACAAAGACGUACUUCUUACUACAUCCAACAAACGUUUCUCUUUUGAUCGGGUCUUUGAUCAGCAUGCCACUCAAGAACACAUUUACAAUGAGGUAGUACAACCUAUACUGGAUCAAGUCUUGGAAGGGUUUAAUUGUACUAUAUUUGCCUAUGGACAAACCGGUAGUGGAAAAACGUACACGAUGGAAGGAGAACUUGAACAGCGGACAGUAGACGCAGGUAUCAUUCCAAGGGUAAUCGAUAAUCUUUUUGAAACAUUAGAAAGUAAAGGAACCGAAUAUUCUGUCAAAGUUUCACUAUUGGAACUGUACAAUGAAGAACUACGUGAUCUACUGAAUCCUACAAAUCAUCAACAAGGACGACAAAUUAAAAUAUUCGAAGACAAGAUCAGCUCGGGUGUGAUUGUACAAGGUAUUGACGAAAAAUAUGUACAAAAUGCAGAAGAAGGCUUGAAUAUAUUACGGUCUGGUAUCAAAUACAGGAGUAUUGGGGCAACAAAAUGCAAUGACAAAUCAAGUCGAUCACAUUGUAUAUUCUCUAUCAAUAUUCAUAUUAGAGAAUCUAUACCUGGAAAAGAAGAUGUAUUUCGAAUUGGAAAACUCAACUUGGUGGAUUUGGCAGGAUCAGAAAAUAUCAAUCGGUCUGGAGCAGAACUUGUUAGGGCACGUGAAGCAGGGAUGAUCAAUCAAAGUUUAUUGACAUUAGGCCGUGUGAUUAACCAUUUGGUAGAACAUUCGACUCAUAUACCCUAUAGAGAAAGCAAGUUGACUCGGUUACUCAAAGAUUCACUUGGAGGGAAAACAAGAACAUGCAUCAUUGCUACAGUAUCGAUUGCUAAAAUGAAUCAAGAAGAAAUUAUCAGUACAUUAGAUUAUGCCAAUCGUGCCAAGAACAUUCGAAAUCGACCUGAAGCCAAUCAACCUUCCAAUCGCAACAUUCAUCUUCAUGAUUUAGAAUUGAAGAUUGAACAACUCAAGGCCGAUUUACAAGCCAGCUACGAAAAGAACGGUGUUUAUAUGACUCAGAAAUCUUAUGAUGCUCUCAAGGAUGAAAAUCAACAACUGAAAGAUGCGGUAAAGGAUAAGCAAGAUCGAUUGGACAAAGCGAAACAAGAAUUACUUCAAACAGAAUCAAAAAUGCGUGAUGUUACGGCCAAAAUUGAUUCGAUUAUUAGAGAUUGUGAUCGAAAGGUGGAACAUAUCAAGAUGGAAGAAAAAGAAAUGCGUACUCAACAGACGGACCAAUUGUUGGAUUAUUUUGGUUUAUUCGAAUUAGAUCUACGUUCUCUUCAUAAAGAGAUACAAACGAUUAGCAAGCGAUAUACUCAAUUAUACCAACGACACAUUCAAGAUGAUCAACAUCACUUGGAAUCCUGUGAAAGUGAUAUUAAUAAAUGGAAAUCUAUAGUGCAAGAAUCUAUGGAGCAACAGAUACAUCGAUUAAAAGAACAAAACAAGAAACAACGAGAGCUCUUCCAAAAAGAAAAAGAACAAGAAGAAAAGACUUGGGAAAAGGUGCAACAAAUGAUUAUUGAACUUGGAAAAUCUCGACAAGAUAGUUUAGAAACGACUCUAUCUUCUCUGAAUCAUUCUAUGAUGGACAACAUUAGUUUGACAGAAUCUUCAACAUUCAAAAUUGAAUCUGAAACCAAGAAACAGAUGUCACACUUCAAAAUCAAAAAGGAUGAAAUUGGAACCAUGACAACGGAAUUACACGAUGAUCAAGACAGAUAUAAAAAGGUAUAGUAUCAUAAUAGAUCAUUUCUUUUGCAUAAAGUUAGAUUCAUCAACUCCGUCUUUCUUUUUUUUUUUCCGUUAUUAUAUAGAUUUUGUCAAAGAUUACAUCGAUUGGAUCUCUUAGUGAAACACAACAGCAAUUGAUUCGUAAUAGAUCGGAAUCAGCAAAUAAUGAAGGUAAGAUUAAGAAUAAAAUAAAAAUAUCACAUAUAUAUUUGGCUCAUGUUAUUUG